CUCCACAAGUCGGUUGCUUAAGCAACACCCCAGGAGAACCGGCAGAGGAGACACAAGCAGAAAACUAAACGGGCCAGAUGUGGCGCUGACUAAGCGGGCUCCAGCCCGCUGCAAGACGCGCUGUGCAGGAAGGCCCACAGCCGCCCAGGCGCUGUGACGCCAGCCAGAGCUAAAACACAUGGGCGCCAGAUACAAUGACUACAAGAAGCGGAAGGGCACCAGCAGCUAAGGCAUCCGCCGGUUGCAGCGCAGCGGAGCGGCAGGAGAGCGCGGGCGCAGGCGGAGCGGCGAGGCGGAGGUGGAGGUGGAGUCGUCCAGGGCCGUGCGUGGCUCGCCACGGUGCCCGAAGGUUGCCGUGCCCGCGUGCACAGGGCCUCUGCCCUUGAUCAUAUGAAGAAUGGCCAGGCUCAAUUGCGGGCAGCAAUUGUUGGUGGCUCCCCUAAUUCGAUUGUGCCUUCUGCACCAAAAAUCCUCGCGCGCCGUGCCAUCUGCACGGAGGUUUAUUGUUCGGCUGUGUUUAGUUGCAUUCGGCAACUGGUGGUGGACAUUCAAUAUCGCACUCGUGCCCCACGCAUGGCAUCUCUACGUUGGCGCUUCGGCCUCGGUGACCUUAUGACUCGCACGAUUCGCUCUCAUUAAGAUCGGUUGGCCGUUGGAUAUUCGGGGCUUGGCACUUGGCUUAAAACCGGCGCGUUCGGCGCUUCGGUACGGUCGUACGGGCGCGCGCGGUGACGCGGGGCGCAACUACCUGUAGCCUUCGCGGCGUG